UUGGCCUAGCCCUCUAUAAAAACCCAAAGCAUUGGCCGGGCUCAGACCAGGCCUCGGGCCUUCCAACUCGACGGUCAAAAUCUUCCCCGCGGCUUUUCCCGGUUCUCUCCUCAGCCCGCGCCAUGGCUGCUCGACGGCCCCAAUGGGCACCGGCCACCACCGCGCUCCUCCUCUUCCUCCUCCUCGCUGCGGGAGCGGCGGCGGGGGAGCGUAGGGAGGUGGUGACCUCCCCGCGAGGCGCCGUGGCGGCGGACGACGGGCGGUGCUCGAGGAUAGGGCGCGACGCGCUCCGCGAUGGCGGCAGCGCCGUGGAUGCCGCCGUCAGCACGGCGCUCUGCCUCGGCGUCGUCAGCCCGGCGUCAAGCGGGGUCGGCGGCGGCGCCUUCAUGCUCGUCAGGCUCGACGACGGCACGGCCGUCGCGUACGACGCCCGCGAAACCGCGCCCCUCGCCGCCUCCAAGGACAUGUACGGUGGCAAUGAGACGCUGAAAGCAAAGGGUGCACUCUCCAUAGCAGUCCCAGGCGAGAUCGCUGGCCUGUACGAGGCAUGGAAGCGCCACGGCAAGCUCCCAUGGAAGCGUCUCGUCAUGCCAGCAUCCAGGCUUGCGCUGGCGUUCAGGAUAUCUCCCUACCUGCGGAUGCAGAUGGAGGCCACCAGAGACGGCAUUCUUGGCAACAGGGGGAUCCGAGCCGUGUACGCCCCGGACGGGGACAUCCUCAAGGUCGGGGACGUGUGCCGCAACGUGGAGCUCGCGAGGACGCUGAGGGCCGUCGCGGAGCACGGGCCGAGCGCGUUCUACCAUGGUUCGGUUGGCGCUCAGCUUGUGAAGGAUGUCAGGGAGGCUGGGGGGAUCAUAACGAUGGAGGAUCUGAAUAAGUACCAGGUCAAGGUGCGGCGGCCGCUGUCGGAAAGCGUGAUGGGGCUUCAGGUGGUGACUAUGCCUCCGCCGUCGGCCGGUGGUGCCGGGAUGAUGCUUGUUCUGAACAUCCUUUCACAGUAUGGAAUUCCUUCUGGUUUUUCUGGCUCUCUUGGGAUCCAUCGCCUUAUUGAAUCCUUCAAACAUUACUUUGCCGUAAAGAUGAAUCUUGCCGAUCCUGACUUUGUGAAUGUUAGUGAGGUUGUAUCUGAUAUGAUGUCCCCCAAAUUUGCUGCUGAGCUGAAGAAAACCAUUUACGACAACAUGACAUUCGACCCUAAACAUUAUGGUGGAAGGUGGAACAUCCUUCAGGACCAUGGAACCAGCCACUUGUCCAUCGUCGACAGCGAGCGAAACGCGGUUUCGAUGACCAGCACCGUCAACUCGUACUUCGGAUCCCUGAUCCUGUCCCCAAGCACAGGCAUUUUGCUCAACAACGAGAUGGAUGACUUCUCCAUGCCGGCGAACACGUCUGCCAAUUCUCCACCUCCAGCUCCCGCCAAUUUCGUCAGCCCUUUGAAACGGCCGCUCUCUUCUAUGGCUCCGACCAUAGUCCUCAAGGAUGGCAAGCUGAAGGCAGCAGUCGGUGCCAGUGGUGGCAGCAUGAUCCCUGCUGCAACGAUCGAGGUGUUCCUGAACCAUUUCGUCAAAAGCAUGGAUCCAUUGUCGUCUGUCAUGGCGCCAAGAGUGUAUCACCAGCUGAUCCCGAAUGUGGUCCAGUACGAGAACUGGACGACGGUGAUCGGCGACCACUUCGAGCUCGACGCCGCGACGAGGGCCGACCUGCAGAAGAGAGGCCACGUCCUCAAGCCGCUCGCCGGGGGCACCAUAAGCCAGUUCGUGGUGCACAACGUCGAGCACUACGGCGACCUUACCGCCGUGAGUGACCCGAGAAAGGGAGGCUUCCCGGCCGGUUACUGAAAACAGCUCGAUGAGCCACACGAGAUUCUUGUAUUUGUUCACUGAUAAAGGACGCAACUGAAAAAAAAAAUGUUAAAAUGUGUAUUAGUUUAUAUGUGAUGAGUGAUUAAUAAGAUUAUCA